AUGUUGUGCACCCUCUGUGUUCAUUGUUUUAAAGUUCUUGAAGUCGCAAGGAACGGAUGUACUCUUCAUACGAUGGACAAUUUCGACGAUUACGUCUCAGAUGAUGAUGAUAAUGACACAAGGCACCAGUGUCGGCGGGACUGGAGACGGUUGAAAGCCGUGCAGUCGGAACUGGAGGACGUGGAAUCUGUGGCACUAGACUCGCUUGUUGCAGCUCAAGAUGGGGAUGUUAACCCCGAGAAUGACACUUUUUCGCGGCUGCAGCUUUUGCAUGUGCUUGAGAAAAGACUGAAAGCAGAGUUACAGUUUAUAAGGGAAAAAGAUCUGAAGACGUUACCAGAAAAUGUGGAUCUCCAGUUGUUGAUUCUUGAACAGAAUCAGGAGAAAAAAUUGGACAACUUGAGGGAGACCUUGACAUAUGCAGAAGCUCUUCAGUCAGAGGUCCUUGAGGACAUCAAGCAAGAGGAAGAAACUCACUCAUCUUUGAGCAUUCUUAAUGAAGUAUUGAAGAAAAAAGUUGCUGUAGUCAACAGAGCCAAUGGAGAUGACAUUGGGAAUACACUGGAGUCAGUACUAGCAGAAAUGACCACAAAAGUGAACAAAGUUACAGAAAUGAACAAAUAUUUCAAAGAACAGUUGAAAGAGAUUCUUUCUAAACAUUUUCCUUUACCUCAUCCUACAGAGGCUGGAGGGGCUGCACAAAGAGACAUUGACAUGAGCAAUAGGUUGUCGUUGAUGUCAAUUGUUGGCAGAUUAAUAGAACAAUCUCUGAACUCGCCUGAGCAGCCAUACAUUGACAUGGACGAUAGGUUUUGGCCUCCCCAUGUAGAGUUUCUUCUGCGUUGCCAGAUUGUGCUUAAAGACCCUAACAACUCGCACAGAAUAAAGCUCGUGCCUUUUCAUUUAUAG